AUGGCGUUUAUCGCUCCGAUACUCUUCUCCCUGGGCCUUUCAUACUCGGUGAUGUCACUAAUAUGGGCACUACCUUCGAUAGUGGGCAUGCUGGUUAUUCCCGUCAUAGCAUCGGUGAGCGAUCGUUGCCGGUUGUCCUGGGGUCGCCGACGUCCCGUGCUGCUUGCAUUAGGGAUCGCCGUCCUGUUGGCCAUGAUGCUGAUACCUUGCGGUGGAUUGAUCGCACAAACCAUCGGACUCGACCAUCUCGUUUUUAUGGUGGCACUAAUCGCUAUCGGGGUAACGGUGACCGAUUGUGGUGCUGGAGCGGCCAGCGCUCUCAGUCAAACGUAUGCCCUGGAGGUUUGCCCAAUACCGGACCAUGCCCGUGUUCUUAAUUUGAUGGUAUUUUUUAAAGGUGUAGGCACAAUACUCGGAGCGACGAUCGGUGCAAUCGACUGGAGUGCGCUACCGUUGCGUAUAUACUCCGUCAACAACGAGACCAUCGUGUUCUUGUUGACCUGGAUCGUAUUUGUGGUGUGUUUAAUUACCACGAUAACCAGCUACAGGGAGAUUCCAUUGCCAGUGCUGGAGAAGGAUGCGAUGUUGCGCCCAGUAACGCACCACGAGAUAGACAUCAAUCUGAACCGACAGCAACAAGUGGAUUGUCCUUUGAUACCCACCGAGGAAACAGUUUCGGAACAAUUUCAAUGUCGUCAGUUGAUCCACAGCAUCAUCCACAUGCCGCUGGCAAUGAAGAAGCUCUACUUAACGGUUCUGCUUUCGGUAAUGGGCAACAUGACCUUCCAGCUCUUCCUUACCGAUUUUGUUGGUACAAAAGUGUUCCACGGGGAUGUGAAGGCGCCAAAAGAAUCGGAAGAGUUCCAGAUGUAUGAGGCUGGAGUGCGUUACGGUUGCUUUGGAAAGUAUCCUAUGAAUUUGCUCAAUUGCUAA